CCCAAAAAUUAAAACAAACCCUACAAAAACCCUUCCAAACCCACCUUCUCCACUCUUCUUUCUCUUUAAUAAAAUUACAGCAGGGAGGGGCUGCCUGUAAAUUCAUGGAACCUUUCUUGUUCUUCAAGACACAAAAUCAAACAAAAUCAAAUAAAAAUUAAACUCUCUUUAAAACCCUAAUCUUGAGUUUUAUGUAAUUUCUUCUUAAACAUGGGGAAGUCAUAUGCAAUUGGAGUAUUCUCAGCUUUAGCAGCAUCAGCUGCUUCACUUUCACCAUCAAAUUCUUAUAUUGCCUAUGCAGAUGGCCCUUUCAAUUUCUCACCGUUCUCUUCUUCUUCAACUUCUUCAUCAACCGGUCAAAAUGCUCCUGUUCCUAUUCCUCAACCUGGGCAAUCUCAGCCGUCCGAUUCUUCUAGUGCUGCUGAAGAUUCUCCACCUAAAGUUAGGAAUGAUAACCCUAGAACGACGUCGGCUGGUUUCGAUCCCGAGGCUCUCGAGAGAGGUGCUAAAGCUUUGAGAGACAUUACUUCUUCUUCUCAUGCUAAGAAGGUGUUUGAAACUAUUAAGACCCAAGAAGAAACAAAGCAGACGGAAUAUGCAGCCAAGGUUGCUGAGUUUAAGGCAAUGCAAGCACAAGCUGAAACUGAGAGGCAACGGGUAAUAUAUGAUGAACAGAAAAAGUUUGCUCAGCAUCAAGCUCAAACUAAAUCCCAGAUGGCUCGCUAUGAGGAUGAACUUGCAAGAAAGAGGAUGCUGGCUGAAAAUGAAUAUCAAAGAGCGAGGAACCAGGAACUUGUCAAACUGCAAGAAGAAUCAUCAAUAAGGCAGGAGCAAGCUCGGAGAGCCACGGAAGAACAGAUUCAAGCGCAACGGAGACAAACAGAGAGAGAAAAGGCUGAGGUAGAACGUGAAACAAUCCGAGUGAAAGCUAUGGCAGAAGCAGAAGGGAGAGCUCACGAAGCAAAGCUAGCUGAAGAUGUUAACAGGCGUAUGCUGGUUGAUCGUGCAAAUGCUGAAAGAGAGAAAUGGAUUGCUGCUAUAAAUACUGCUUUUGACCAUAUUGGAGGGGGGUUCAGAGCCAUUUUAACAGAUCAAAAUAAGUUGGUUGUUGCUGUGGGGGGAGUAACAGCUCUUGCAGCUGGAAUUUAUACAACAAGAGAAGGUGCAAAGGUGAUUUGGAGAUAUGUGGAUAGAAUAUUGGGUCAACCGUCUCUUAUAAGAGAAUCUUCCAGAGGGAAAUACCCCUGGUCAGGAUUUUUUACUCGUACUAUUAGCUCUUUAUCACGUGGUGCCAAUAAUGGGUCUUCUGGAAAUGGAAAAGGAUUUGGUGAUGUGAUUUUACAUCCUUCUCUUCAAAAAAGAAUUGAACAACUGUCCAAUGCUACUGCGAAUACAAAAUCCCAUCAGGCACCUUUUCGAAAUAUGCUCUUCUAUGGGCCUCCAGGAACGGGGAAAACAAUGGCUGCCAGAGAGCUUGCUUCUAAAUCGGGAUUAGAUUAUGCAUUGAUGACUGGCGGUGACGUUGCGCCUCUGGGAUCUCAGGCUGUUACGAAGAUACACCAAUUAUUUGAUUGGGCUAAGAAGUCUAACAGGGGUCUGUUGCUUUUCAUAGACGAAGCAGAUGCAUUCCUAUGCGAGCGGAACAAAACCUAUAUGAGUGAAGCUCAGCGAAGUGCACUCAAUGCUCUUCUUUAUCGGACUGGUGGACAGUCCAAGGAUAUAGUCCUUGCUCUUGCCACAAAUCGUCCAGGCGAUCUUGAUUCAGCUGUAACAGAUCGUAUCGAUGAAAUCCUGGAGUUUCCCCUACCAGGGGAAGAGGAGCGUUUCCAGCUGCUGAAGCUUUACUUAGACAAAUAUAUAGCUCAGGCUGGAUCAACAAAAUCCGGUGGUUGGCUACGAAAUUUGUUCAAAAAACAGCCGCAGAAGAUAGAGAUAAAGGGAGUGACUGAUGACAUUUUGAAGGAGGCUGCAGCCAAAACGGAGGGAUUUUCCGGGAGGGAAAUAGCAAAAUUGAUGGCAGGUGUUCAAGCUGCAGUUUACGGGAGUGAGAAUUGCGUACUUGAUGCAAAUCUGUUUCGCGAGGUUGUCGAUUACAAAGUUGCAGAACAUCAACAGAGGAAUAAAAUGGCAUCAAAAUCAGAGUGAAAGAUUGCAUUGAGUACUUGUUUAAGUUAUGUCUGACCUAUUUAUAGGUCGAUCGAUGUCCAGUUAGCUAACUCGAAGAGGCCACAUUAAUUCUUGCUCCGGGAAUCAUGUUGUUAUCAUUAUUUUCCCUUAUACUGAUGAGGGAUUUUGGGUGCGGUUUAUAAAUUCAUCGAUGAUUUUUCAUAGAUGUAUCUUUUAGAGUUAUUUUUGGUAGGGUUUCACAGUUUGUUUUUGCUGUGUUCCAUAGUGAUCAUUAAACAAAAGCAAUAAAAAGCUUCUUCUCCAGAAA